AUGUCUCAAGGUAGGAAAGCUGCAGAAAGACUUGCUGGCAAGACUGUAUUCAUUACAGGUGCGUCGGCCGGCAUUGGCCAGGCCACGGCCCUUGAGUAUCUCGAUGCCUCUAACGGUAACAUCAAACUUGUGCUAGCAGCCAGAAGACUAGAAAAAUUACAGGAAAUCAAAACGCAGGUCAACAAAGACUUCCCAGAGGCAAAGGUUUUCAUCGGUCAGCUUGACGUCACGGAAACCGACAAAAUUCAAUCAUUCGUCGACAAUUUACCCAAGGAAUUUAAGGACAUUGAUAUUUUGAUCAACAAUGCCGGAAAGGCGCUCGGAUCGGAUCCCGUGGGUUCUAUCGACCCCAAGGACAUUGCAGGCAUGAUGAAUACCAACGUUCUCGGGCUUAUCAACAUGACCCAGGCCGUUUUGCCCAUUUUCAAAGCUAAAAAUUCCGGUGACAUCGUCAAUUUGGGAUCCGUAGCUGGUAGAGAAGCAUACCCUACAGGGGCCAUCUACUGUGCCACAAAACAUGCCGUGAGAGCUUUCACGCAGAGUUUGCGCAAAGAAUUGAUCAGCACCAACAUUAGAGUAAUCGAAAUUGCUCCUGGCAACGUUGAGACCGAAUUCUCGCUGAUCAGAUACAAAGGUGAUGAAAGCAAGGCCAAUAAGGUCUACGAAGGCACCAAGCCAUUAUAUGCCGAUGACAUCGCCGACUUGAUUGUUUACGCUACCUCUAGGAAAGAAAACACCGUAGUUGCGGAUGUUUUGGUGUUUGCAUCAAACCAAGCUUCCCCUUAUCAUUUGUACCGUCAAUAG